CUAUAUUUGUCCCAUUCGCGAAUUCGCGAACGGCGGUUCGCGCGAGCAGAAUCACGGAUUUAGGGGAACACUGCGUUCGUGUGAACGCGUAGGGAGGCGUUCACACGAAAGCGUUUCGCGUAGGAGAAGCGAGUCGACAUGGUUCGCGGACUGGUCGCUGUCGUCGUCGUUGCCGCUGUGCUGGGCUGUACCUCCUCCGGUCACCAGAAGCAGACAAGCUAUCUGGCAGCUCAUCCAGCUUCGUAUGGCUACCCUGACUGGAACCAAUGGACUGUGGGCGGAGCAUGGCGGCAACCUUGGCUCCUGGAACAGGGGGCCCGAGUGACGCUGGCAUGUUCGGGCAUCGAGUUCGUGCCCCGCCACGCCUGGGGUGCCCGGCCACCCAAAGAAUGGGAAAGGCUGAAGGUUCAACCUGUACCACGUGUCUUCGUGCACCAUACAGCUGGAGGAGAAUGCUUCAACCCAUGGACGUGCUCAGAGAAGAUGCGGUACAUUCAACACUACCACCAAGACACAAAAGGCUGGGAGGACAUCGCCUACAGCUUCCUCAUCGGAGGCGACGGGCGCGUGUACGUGGCACGGGGCUGGGAUGCCGUCGGCGCCCACACCAAGGGUCACAACAAGGACGCGCUUUCCAUGGCCUUCUUCGGCGACUUCUCGCGCCACCUGCCGACGCCCCGUGCGAUCGGGACGCUUGACAGGCUCCUGCGGUGCGGCGUCGCCCUGGGCAAGAUCAGUCCCAACUACAGCCUGCACGGUCACCGAGACGCCACCUGCACACUCAGUCCUGGGGACACCCUGUACGCCUUCAUCAGUCGGUGGAGGCAUUUCCGUGGGAGACUGCAGACAUACAUCUGUUGAAGUGACCUGCGUUAAACAGUCUUGGGCCAUUGGAACAUGAUGGCAGCUGUGGCUACUUGUUCCUUCUCUUACCCGCUAGUCUUUCGCCAGGCUUUCUGUACCUCCUUCUCUAUGCCCUAUAUUCUUCCUCGUCACUUCAACAAAUGCUUCAGCGAGGAUUGGGUAAACGAAAUUUACUUAUCAGAGA